AUGGGAUUUCGCUUUCUGAUUCCUUCAAAGAAGAGGUCGAAGCCCUCGUCUCCACUGCCCGCAGACCUGCCCCCAAUCUACCGAUUAUCCCAAGACUUGAUACUCUAUCUCCUCGAGUCUCUUCCGCCUCCGGAUGCGGCCGCUUUUGCACUCACCAGCCAGGCGGUAUGGCGGGCAUUGGGCGGCUUGCCGGACUUUCGCAAGUUAGUAUCCCAAAUCGAUCAGGGCGAGCGCAGGGCUUUCUUGAGUCGCCUGGAACAAUAUUAUCCCAAUCAUGUCUAUUGCUCCCAGUGCAUCAUUUUUCAUAAGCAGGACAAGAAGAGAUAUGUCUGUCGGCCCCAUCCGUUCGGUAAUGAAAUAUUUGGCGACUUAACUGUCCGUGAUGUGCGCUUUGAACGCUUAGAUAUCCAUGUGCCAUUCCUCAAAGCCAAAGAGAUUAUGAACCGUCAUCGGUAUGGGGAACCACAUGGAUGCCUACCCACUGUCAUGGAUUUCAACUGCCGAAUAAGAUGCCUCAACUUCAAACACAAAGAGGAAUACUCGGACCCGCCUAGGUAUUUCUCUCUCACCGCUCGGAGCGCUCAUGAUAAGCUACUCCUCAGGGCCGACGUGUCUGUAUUUAUUCGGCCAAAAGACUUUGAAGUGAACAAAUCUUCCGUUAUUGUGUCAUCUCUUUACGACUCUACCCAUAUGCAGCGCCCUGGCGGCGCCUGGAAAUCCCUUUUAGAGUCUUUCGCCGGGUCGAACGAGAGUACGCUAUUUGUUCGAUGCUCGAGUUGCUUGGCUGAGAUGCGCUGCAUUGUUAAUACACAGAAAAACCAAAAGUAUUAUGAAAUCAGGAAUACAACGUGGCAUAACUUGGGGCCCUGCCGUGAUUCGUUUGAUCGCAAAUGGCGUACGGAGACGGAACACUGCUGCGACGACUCUUCCAAUGCUAUAUCUCCGGCUGAGUCAUUUUAUCUUGCUCAUUUCGACGAUAAGGCCUCGUCUCAGCUAAAAAUCAAGCAACCUCCCUGUUGGCUUUCUCUCUAUCCUAAAUUAUGUGAGUCUUGA